AACGUUCUCAUUAAAUUUCAUCCAACAAACAGAUCUAAUCAGCUUGAGAGAUUUUAGGAUUUAAAACGUAAAAGUAUUGAAAAUGUCAUAGGAAGGCAAUUAACAAACUAAGAAAUGGUCAUACCGCAGAUUUAACUUGAUAAACUGCCCUCAAACAUAAAACCAUCAUAGGCACAGGAUCCAAUUCCUUUCCAUCGUGCAGCUUUGUCGAAGCUGCGCUAGCUGUUGCCUUUUUCUGAUAUUUUUUUUAUUUGCGCAUAUUUUCCAGUUCUUUUACCUUGCUUUUUCUUUUAUAAGAAAACGUUCUUAAUGCUCAUACCUAAUCAGCAGCAGAAUUUCUGAUUCUGAAUAUUCUUUUGUUGUCAUUGAUUCAAAUUUUUUAUUAGAUCACUGUUUCUCUCGGGGACUGUAAGAGAAGUAUUAGCAGAGAGCCCCCACCGAAGCAACUCUGCAUUUGGGAAAUUUGAGAAUUCCUCAACCUGUUUCCUCGAGGAUUCCUGCAACCAAUCCAUUCAAUCAAACAUUGUGACUGUGAUGACUGACUCAGCUAUGGAGGGAGAAGGUAUGGCUAGGGGUGCCCAUAUUCUAGUCAUCCCUUACCCAGUACAAGGCCACAUCAGUCCAAUGCUCCAAUUCUCCAAGCGCCUAGCCUCCAAAGGCCUCCAAGUCACACUAGUUACAACCAUCGCCAUUAGCAAAUCAAUGCAAAUCCUACCCAGCAAGGUUAACAUUGAGCUCAUUUCGGAUGGCUAUGACAAAGGUGAGAAGGUAAGCCUCGAAGACCAUCUCGAAAGCUUUAAAAUCGUAGUUUCGCAAAACUUGGCUAACCUCAUAAAGAAGCAAAACACCUCCAAAAACCCAGUUAAGUUUCUUGUAUAUGAUUCCAUCAUGCCAUGGGCUUUAGACAUAGCUCAGGAGCUUGGGUUAGGGGGAGCACCAUUCUUCACACACUCGAGCGCGGUUGCAGCCAUAUACUACCAUGCAGGUCACGGAACACUGAAGCUUCCUUUGGAAGGGCCUGUAAUAUCCAUGCCUUCAAUGCCGAUGUUGGAGGUCACUGAUUUUCCAUCUUUUGUUUCGGAUGUGAGCUCGUACCCUAAUCUGUUGAAACUUUCCCUGAAUCGAUUCUCAAACUUUGAGAAAGCGAGGUGGCUAUUGUUCAACACUUUUGACCAGUUGGAAGAAGAGGUGGUGGAUUCACUGUCAAAAAUUAGCCCACUAUUGACAAUUGGACCUACGGUUCCAUCUUUUUACUUGGACAAUAGAGUCCAAAAUGACUCUGACUAUGAUCUCAGCCUCUUCAACUUAGAACCUGAUUCUUGUAUCCAUUGGCUGCACACGAAACCAAAGAACUCAGUUGUAUAUGUAGCAUUUGGUAGCUUGGCUGCUCUUGGAAAAGAAAAAAUGGAAGAACUAGCAUGGGGCUUGAAGAGAAGCAAUUUCUACUUUUUGUGGGUAGUUAGAAAAUCCGAGGAGGCAAAACUCCCUGAAAACUUCAUCGUAGAGACCAUUGAAAAGGGGCUCGUUGUGAAUUGGAGUCCGCAGUUGAAGGUACUUUCGAGCCCUGCUGUAGGAUGCUUCUUCACUCAUUGUGGGUGGAAUUCAACCAUGGAGGCCUUGAGCUUCGGCGUGCCGAUGGUGGCGAUGCCGCAAUGGACAGAUCAACCGACAAAUGCAAAGUUCAUUGCGGAUGUUUGGAAGGUAGGGGUUAGGGCUAAGGUUGAUAAGGAGAGUGGGAUUGUUGGGAGAGAGGAGGUGGAGAGGUGUAUAAGGGAGGUUAUGGAAGGGGAGAGUGGGGAGGAAAUGAAGAGGAAUGCUGAGAAAUGGAAGGAUUUGACUAAAGAAGCUGUUAGUGAAGGUGGGAGUUCUGAUAAGCACAUCAAUGAAUUUGUAUCCAAAAUAUUGGGUUCCUAGAUCGCUAGUUAGACAUUUGAAUGUUGAUGAAUUAAUCUGUAAUUUGAGUGUCAUUCCAAUUGGGCAUUUGGGCACCUGUGAACGUUUAAUAUGGAGAAACUAUCAUAAAUGCUUAUCUUAUUAUUGGUCUGCAGGUCGGUUAAUGAGUAAGACAUCCAGUUUUCUUAUUAA